AUAUCAAGAUGGUCUUUCAGGAUCCAAUCCGUAGGAAAAAAGUGAGAACCUAUGCUAAUCUGUCCAUAAUUUUUAUUGGAGCAUUGCUUAUCGCAACUUCUAAAAAAUACGUCACUGCAAAGAGUUCGGAAGUCACUCAUUCUUCUGUAGAAAGGAAUACCGCAACAGGUCGAUAUGCUUAUGCCACAUUGCUAUGUGACGAUGUUAUGCUCCCAGCGACACGAGCAUGGUUACAAAGCUUGAAAAUGACAAAUACUAGCUUCCCCAUCGUGGUUCUUGUCCUUCCACAGUUAAGCCUAGAAGGACGAGAGGAGCUAGAAAAGCUAGGAUCCAUUGUCCUCGAUGUUACUCCAUUGGAAUAUCCUUUCACACUGACCAAGUCUCGUUUGAGAGAUAACAAACCUUGUCGCUAUUCAAAGCUGCAUCUGUGGAAUUUAUUGAAUUAUGACAAAGUAGUUUACAUGGAUAGUGAUAUGCUUGUAAUGCAAAAUAUCGAUAAUCUGUUCGUAGAAUUUGAUGAAUUGAGCGCUUGUGCUGACCUUUACCCGGAUACUUUUAAUUCCGGCAUUAUGGUGAUUCAACCUAAUGAAACAACAUUUCGAAAUAUGAAAGCUGUGUACAAGAACGUUUCUAGCUACAAUGUGGGAGAUCAAGGUUUUCUAAACUGGUUCUUCGGCAACGAAUGGAGUCAGAGAAAGGACAGACAUAUUCCACUGAAGUACAAUGUGUUGCUAAAGUAUCGUGAUACAAUUAUGUGGGGACAUGUGAAAGAUGAUAUUAAGGUCCUCCAUUUUACUGGUGAGACAAAGCCUUGGAAUUUCUACUAUUCUGGACACAAAGACUGGGAGAAGAAUUCAGAAAUGAGAAGCUACUAUGCCUGGGUUAGAAUGGAGCGAAUUUCCAAAGAAAUCCUUGGAAAGGCACUCUCGUGGGAAAUGUCAGACCGAGUAAAACAUCUCUGCGAACAAGAAUAUGAACGCAAUUUGACACCGCGUUUUAGGAUUCAAAACAAAUUUUCCGUUGUCAUUUCAACCUAUAACAGACAGAAGCUAUUAGAAAGAUUGAUUACUCAUUACAGUCGGUGUCGAAAAGUACAUAAAAUAUACGUCGUUUGGCAUAGCCCGAACAUUGAGGCUCCUUAUGAUUUCCGUGUUGGUUCAGUGCCAGUAGUAUUUCUUUCUCAAAAAUAUGACUCUCUAAAUAACAGAUUCAAUCCUAUCCCUGGUCUAAAGACGCAGGUUAGUGUCCUUAUAUGUGAUGACGAUGUUUAUGUGGAGCCUGAUGAUAUCGAUUUUACUUUCGAGGUUUGGAAGAGUCAUCCAAAUUCUUUGGUGGGAGCAUUUCCCAGAUUUCAUCGGAGGACAACAUCCAAUGAGUGGGAAUAUUUAGUUGCAGAACCCAUGAAAAAGUUUCGGACCUUCAGGAGAUAUUCUAUAAUGUUGACGAAGUUCAUUUUUAUGAAGAGUGACUUCCUGUUCUGGUAUUCAUGCAUUCUUCCCGAAAGAUUCCAUAAGUAUAUUGACGAACACAUGAACUGUGAAGAUAUUGCAAUGCAAAUGAUGAUAACAGGGAUGACUAGGACUCCACCUCUAGCAGUUGUUGGAAAGGCCAUUCCGGAGGAUUAUGGAACAGAUAAAAGCACGGGAGGAAUCAGCACCAAGAGUGGUCACAAAGAAGCAAGAAAUAAGUGCUUGACAUACUUCAUUAGUGAAUUGUUCCAUGGGAAGGAUCCCUUAAUAUAUAACUCUGUAAUCCAAACACGUUUUGUCAAGAUACCCUUUGCGAAAAGGUCUUGGAACGAAGGAAGUCUAUGGAUGAACUCUUCGGGGUCGAAGAAUUCUCUUAAGACUUCUGUUCAUCCAAGGGCGUUGAACAACAAUUGAAUCAUUAUAAUACGUUCAAAGUAGAAUAUUUUGUAAUAUCGUUUUCGUGGAUAGAUACUGUGCAGUUUCUUUUCGAGUCGCAUACUUGUUGUUUCACGAAUCAGCGUGCAGUAGAAAUGUUUGCAAAACCCGUAAAAAGUUGUUUUGAAACAGGCUAAUUCCUUUUGUAUACACCAUUAUUCACAAAUCCUGAGAUCGGAUGGUAGAUAUGCAAUGAAAUCCAAACUAGGAACAUCUUUGAAAGCGAAACGGAAAGAUACUAGUUGAGCUGCAAGCUUGACCUUUCGUUACAAUAUUCUAUCUUCCUUUUGCCCCUUCUAGAUGAAAUUUCAACUCAAUAGAUAACAUCGUAGCAUAAGGAAAUAACACGAAGAGAAUAAUAAGUUGCCAGGGUUGAAGACGAAGAUACGAACUUGCUAUCUCCGUCUUUGAGAAAGCUCUACCACAGCAGUCAAUGAUAAUAUUAGCAAAUAAGUAAAAAUCAAAUGACCUUAAACUUUUCAAGUAUGAAAAAAAACGUGUCAUUACAAUUCUGACUGUCAAGAAACUUUGGAAAGUCUUA